AUGUAUGCAAUUGUCUUUACAGGUCAUAUACUGCCACUAGCAUAUGGUGUUAUUAAUUCAAAGAAUGAUGCUGCUUGGCCGUGGUUCUUUGAGCAAUUCAAGGAAGCAUAUGGUGAGAGGAAAAACAUGUUCAUCAUUUCAGAUAGGAAUGAGAGUAUCAUCAAAUCUGUAUCAAGAGUGUAUCCGGCGGUACCACAUUUUGCUUGUAUAUGGCAUUUAUGGAACAACGUAUAUAAAAAAUUCAAAAAGAGUCAUUCAAAGUUGAGCGAGAUAUACUUCUCGAUGGCAAAAGCAUACACACAAGCUGAAUUUGACAGUCUAAUGGAGAAGGUGGAGAAGGUAGAUAUUAGGGUGAAAGAAUACUUGGAGUUAACUGGAUACGAAAAGUGGGCUAGGUUGUAUGCACAUGUUAACAGGGGAUGGACCAUGACGUCAAAUAUUGUUGAGUCAAUCAAUGCCGCACUUGUGUCAGCAAGGGAAUUGCCAAUAUACGACUUCCUCGAAGAAGUUAGGAAGAUGUUUGGACGUUGGAAUUGCAGCAAUCGGAAAGAAGCUUCACAGACAUACACAACGCUAGGAAAAAAAUACCAGGAUAUGCUUACCUUGAAUGAGGUGGUACCGUCGACCGAAUACUUGCAUACGGUGAACGAUGAAGGAAGACAUUACACUGUGUGCCUCUUAGAGAGAAAAUACAGUUGUGGGCGGUUCCAAGUUGAUGAAUUACCAUGCCAACAUGCUUGGGCUGUCUUGAAGAGCAAGUUUCUAAUGCCAGAAGAUUAUUUCUCUGACUAUUACAAACCAAAGUCUGUUGUAAUGACAUAUGAGGUGCCCGUGUAUCCGCUGCCUGACCGAAAUGAAUGGAAUAUACCAGCACAUAUAUCAAAGGAAGUUGUCUUACCACCAAAAUGA